UUCAGUACACAACCAAAUUACCUGCUCACCAGGUAAGAAGGAACUCGGUUUUAUUAAACUUAUUUUCUUCUUUAGACUGAAUCAUCGCACCACGUGAAUAAGAUUGAUACCAUUUAUUAAAAUAUCUAAGCUGAGCAUUAUCAUGGUACUUCUACCUGCCCUGCUUCUUCUCUGGGUUGUUCCCCUUUCAAGCCAGACCGACUUCGAAAAAGGUCGACUUAGAAAAAAAUUCUACUUACAUGAACCACAAAUGCAGAUAAGUGAUGCACUGACUGCUUGUACACGUGACUACACUGACCUCGUCACAAUCUAUGAUCAAGAAGAGAAUGCUAAAGUGGUAGUGAAUGGAACUCACAGUUGUAGCUGGAUUGGAGCCAAUGGCUGUACAUGGUCAAACGGCGAUCCUGUCACAUUCAUCCACCUCACCAGAAAUUUUACUGAGGAGAGGUGCUGUGGUGCGAUGACCACUGCUGGAACAUGGGAGUGUUUCAACUGUAGUUCCAAAAUGUACUUCAUGUGUUAUAUACAAGGUGAUCAUAUUUUAAUCCCUCAAAACAAAACCUGGAUUGAGGCUCAGUUGUACUGCAAAAAGAAUCAAAGCAAUUUAGUCAGUAUCAGAAAUAAGAUGGAAAAUGAACAAGUGAAGAAAGCAGUAAAUGGGAGUGACUCUGUCUGGAUUGGCCUUCAGUAUAAUUACAAGGUUGUAUGGUCUGAUGGUGGACAUCCUGAUUACAAACAAGAUGCUGUAUGCUUUACAUUUCUCCCAAAUCGUACUUGCAGCGCAAGGAAUCUGAGUACCUGUGCUCCUCUUUGCUACAAAAGGUUCAUUCAUGUCAGCGAGUAUAACAUGUCCUGGGAGAAAGCUCUGAAUUACUGCAACAGUCAACAGAAAACAGCUGGACUACUGCGCAUCCAAUCUGAGGAUGAUCAGGCAGAAGUGGAGCGAGAGCUUAAAAGACAGAAUAUCUCUGAGCCAGUGUGGGUGGGGCUUAGACAGAGUCGACUUUUCGGAUUCUGGAUUUGGUCCAAUGGCUUCACGGUGGGACCCUGGGCUAACUGGCAGAAAGAACCAGAACAUCAAACAUCUAACUACUGCGGUGCCUUAGAGAAAGAGAAUGGUACAUUCAAAUGGUUUGAUAAAGACUGCAGAUUGGGUUUUAGAGUUUUAUGUGAGGUAAAGUAAUAUACCUCUGUUUUAUGCUCUUUGGCUUAUCCUAUGCUCAGUGCUCUGCCUCCCUAAGAAAAAGAGCUCAUGCAUUUAAUAGUAAACAGUGGUAUCAUUCAUGUCAUUCAUGUAUAAUGAAGCUCUUAGGUAGCACUAGAAGCUAGUUAGUGAUGCUAUACUUCUGUUGCCUUUUUUAUGUUUAUAUCAUUGAUCCAUUCAUUGUAUCAUAUUCCUGCUGUAAACCUUUAUGCCUCAUAUUAAGAAUUAACAUUAAAAGUUGUUCAUGAAUGCACAUUA